CCAGGCUCAUCAUUCAGCUGUUAAUAAGGAUUGUCCUGUAUCAAUCAUGAGAGGAGAUCGCGCUGCUUGCCUCGCCUGGGCUUUGCUUAUGCUAGCCCUUCUUGCGCCUUCCUGCCUUGCCAGCCGUAAUCGAUCUCGAAGACGCCCAACUGCACUUCAUAAUGACGCGGUCUGGAGCAGUGGCUGCCUCAAAGAGAGCUGGUAUACGCAGCGAUUGGACCAUUUCCGACAACACCCGGGCGGCAAAGAGCAGCCAACCUUCCAGCAGCGCUACUUCAUCUGUGACAGAUACUGGUCGCAAAGCCCCGGGGGCGCACGUGGCCCGAUAUUCUUUUACGCCGGCAACGAAGCGGACGUGACUCUCUACGUGAAUGCGACGGGACUGAUCUGGGAGAAUGCAGAACGCUUCGGCGCGCUCAUCCUGUUCGCUGAGCACCGGUACUACGGCGAGACUCAGCCCUUCGGUCCCGACAGUUGGUCGGUUGAUCCGUCGUACCUGAGUGUCGAACAAGCGCUCGCGGACUACGCGCGGCUGCUGUGGCACCUCAAGCGGCAGCUCGCAGCGGAGAGCAGCGCCGUCAUCGCCUUCGGCGGCUCCUACGGCGGCAUGUUAGCUGCCUGGCUGCGAACCAAGUACCCGCACCUGGUGGCAGGGGCGGUGGCGGCCUCGGCGCCCGUGGGGGCAUUCCCGGGGGUGCCCGGCUGGGAGCCCUCGCGCUUCUGGCAGGUCGUCACCUACGACGCAACCGCCUCAGCAGGCGCCGCGUCCGACUGCGCGAGCAACGUACGCCUGGGCUUCCAGAGUGUGUUGAACCUUGGUCGUACGGCAGCCGGUCGUGCGAUGCUGUCCCGGCUGCUGCGGCUGUGCGGUGAACUGCCGGACGAGGAGGCGGUGCUUGACGUGGCUUACUGGCUGCAGGGCGCCUUUGAUGCCUUCGCCAUGGGUAACUACCCCUACCCCUCCGCCUACAUCAGCGAUGACCCCGCCCACCCGCUGCCCGCCUGGCCCAUGAGGGCGGCCUGCAUGCACAUGUCGUCCAUCCUUCCGGCGCCAAACACCACGACGUCCGCCUCUUCCUCCGCCUCUGGGUUCUCUUCCUCCUCCUCUUCCGCCUCGCCUUCCUCUUCCACGUCUUCUUCCUCCUCCGAAACCUCUACGCCUGCCACCGCCGCUUCGUCAGCCGCUGCUAGCCAUGCUGCCAGCAACGACACCCCGCAGCUCGCAUCCAGCAAGUUUGUGGAGGCGCUCCGAGACGCCGCUGGAGUGCUGUAUAACGUGACCGGCGACGUGAGCUGCUACGAGGUGCAAACCUCGGGACCGGCUGCCGGCAACCAAGGUCCCUGGGAUUACCAAUGGUGCACCGAACUUAUGGGGCAGGAGCUGCCCUACUACCCAGCCACCGGCGUCAGUGACAUGUUCUGGAAUCAGGGCGGUUUCAACUGGGAUGCCUUGGACGAGCACUGCCGGCAGUCCUGGGGUGUGACUCCGCGGGCUGACUGGUCGGCCUUCACGUACGGCGGACUGAACUACCGCUACGCGAGCAACAUCGCAUUCUCCAACGGUCUGUACGACCCCUGGAGCUCGUUUGGGCUGCUGACUAACGCAAGCGACACAGUGGUGGCGAUUAUCAUUCCAGAGGGCGCCCACCAUCUGGACCUGAUGUACUCACACCCGGCUGACCCGCCGUCCGUAACGGCUGCACGCCUGACCGAGAUGCAGCUGGUGCGCAGCUGGAUUGAGCAGCACGACGCGCGCAGGAGGGAGGAUGCCACCACGAACCAAAGCAGCUCCCGCACGGAUGGUGGUGCUGCUGCUGCUGCUUCAGCUGCAGGAAGUACCGGUAAGCGAGGCGGACUUGGUAGCGGAGGUGGGAAGAGCCGCCGCAGCAGCAGCAGUAGCAGCAGUAGCAGCGGGGUUGGCGGUCGUGCUGGGUUGGAUACGGGAAUUGCCAGCAGCAGCUGAUGAUGAAUGGCGGUGGUGGGCGGAGAGGGCGACAAGGGACAUGGGGCGACGGGCGCUGGGGGAGAGGUUGUCAGGGGUGUUGCGGGGCGGUUGCUGAGUGAAGCAGGAGGAAGCAUGCUGGAGCCGAUGGCAUGGCGGGAUGCAGCGUGCCGUAUGGCAUCGAGUUGAGUUGCAGGUUGGAAAAGGGGCAGCCGAGAUGUGGCCCGUUGUAAGUGUUCAGUUUAAGCUUGCUAGAGGGAGGUGGUGAGGUUAUUGAGGUUACAACCAGUUACAACUACACAACUAUGUACAGCGUGUUUGCUUGGCUUAGCAGCCGUGCUUCAGCUGGCAGCAAGCAGUCCAACUGCCUUGUAACAGAAUUGCGCAAAA